AUGGACACACAAGCAGGAAUAUCUCAGAAGGACAUCUAAUGUUAUCCCCGGAUUGUGACAUAAAAGAUAAUGACAAAAUACAGGAUUCUCCAGGAGAUAACCCCAUUACCCCAAUUAUACAUCCAGCUCUAUCAGCUGAUCCCUCUGAUCCUGGGAAAUGUUCUCCUGAUCACUCUGAUGUUGGUGCAUCUGUUACAGCUCUGACAGUAGAUUCAGUGUUUACCUGUUCUAUAGAUUCCAAAUGUUUUACGCAGCCCACAAAGCUUAUUACCCAUCAGCCUGCUAAGACAGGUGAGAGGCCAUUUCCAUGUUCUGAGUGUGAGAAAUGUUUUACAUGCAAAUCAGCUCUUGUUUCACAUCAGAGAAGUCACACAGGUGAGAAGCCAUUUCCAUGUUCUGAGUGUGGCAAAUUUUUUACACGGAAAUCAAAUCUUGUUACACAUCAGAGAAGUCACACAGGUGAGAAGCCAUUUCCAUGUUCUGAGUGUGAGGAAUGUUUUACACUGAAAUCAAAUCUUGUUAAACAUCAGAGAAGUCACACAGGUGAGAGGCCAUUUGCAUGCUCAGAGUGUGGGAAAUGUUUUUUAAAUAAAUCAAAUCUUGUUGCGCAUCAGAGAACUCACACAGGUGAGAGGCCAUUUGCAUGCUCAGAGUGUGGGAAAUGUUUUUCAAGUAAAUCACAUCUUGUUAGACAUCAGAGAACUCACACAGUUGAGAUGCCAUUUGCAUGCUCAGAGUGUGGGAAAUGUUUUACACAGAGCUCAAAUAUGAUUAAACAUCAGAGAACUCAUACAGGUGAGAAGCCAUUUUCCUGUUCUGAGUGUGGAAAAUGUUUUUUACGUAAAGUCUGUUUUGUUAAACAUCAGAGAAGUCACACAGGUGAAAAGCUGUUUUCAUGCUCUGAGUGUGGGAAAUGUUUUUUAAAUAAAUCGAAUCUUAUUACACAUCAGAGAAGUCACACAGGUGAGAAGCCAUUUUCCUGUUCUGAGUGUGGGAAAUAUUUUUUUAGUAAAGCACAUCUAGUUUCACAUCAGAGAAGUCACACAGGUGAGAAGCCAUUUUUCUGUUCUGAGUGUGGGAAAUAUUUUUUUCGUAAAGCACAUCUAGUUUCACAUCAGAGAACUCACACAGGUGAGAAGCCAUUUUCCUGUUCUGAGUGUGGGAAAUGUUUUUUAUUUAAAUCGAAUCUUAUUACACAUCAGAGAAGUCACACAGGUGAGAAGCCAUUUUCCUGUUCUGAGUGUGGGAAAUAUUUUUUUAGUAAAGCACAUCUAGUUUCACAUCAGAGAAGUCACACAGGUGAGAAGCCAUUUUCAUGUUCUGAGUGUGAGAAAUGUUUUACACUGAAAUCAAAUCUUGUUAAACAUCAGAGAAGUCACACAGGUGAGAGGCCAUAUCCAUGUCCUGAGUGUGGGAAAUGUUUUUUAAAUAAAUUAAAUCUUGUUACACAUCAGAGAACUCACACAGGUGAGAGGCCAUUUGCAUGCUCAGAGUGUGGGAAAUGUUUUUCAAGUAAAUCACAUCUUGUUAGACAUCAGAGAACUCACACAGUUGAGAUGCCAUUUGCAUGCUCAUGAGUGUGGGAAAUGUUUUACACAGAGCUCAAAUAUGAUUAAACAUCAGAUAACUCAUACAGGUGAGAAGCCAUUUCCAUGUUCUGAGUGUGGGAAAUGUUUUUUAAGUAAAGCCCAUCUUGUUAAACAUCAGAGAACUCACAGGUGAGAAGCCGUUUCCAUUCCCUGAGUGUGGGAAAUAAAUCAGAUCUUGUUGAACACAUUAGACAUUACCCAAGUGAGGAACCAUUUUAAUCUUCUUGAGUAUAAUCAUCAUUGCCAUGCAUUGUUCCUCAAGGAUCAAUCCUAUCUCCUAUACUUUUUGCAAUAUACAUGCUACCACUUGUAGAAAUAAUCAGACGUCAUGACCUGGCCUACCACUUCUAUGCAGAUGACUUGUCUUUUGCUCCAUGUACUGAGAACCCAACACCAAUACUAAAUGGGAUGGUAAUGCUAUCCCGGUGGACAGAAUGCUGGCUGUCAAUAUACCAACAGUGGAAUACCAGCAGUGGGGUGAGUGCAAAGAGUUCCCUUGCGGGCUCCCUGUUCUCGCUAUGCUGC